UAUAAUAUUUUUUUUUGAAUUUAUGAAUUUCUUACCUCAAGAAACUAAGAAUAAAAUCAUUGAGUUAUUGAGGGAUAAUAAUCUCAAUGAGACCGUUCAUACUUUCUUAAAAGAAAUUGAUAAUAGUUCAAAACCAAUCGACAAAUUUAGCAAGGAAUACAGGUUUAAUCAAUUGGAAAUUUAUUCAAAGCUUGUUAGUUUAGUUGAAAUGUCUUUAGAUAAAUAUAAGGCUGAGUUUGCAAACCUCUUAUAUCCUAUAUUUAUACACACUUUUAUUGAACUAAUAUAUGAAAAUCAAACUGAAGAAAGUCAAAGAUUUUUUACAACAUUUUCCCAAUUUCACACCGAACUCCACCAGGAAGACAUGAAACAACUCGUGGCACUCAAGACCAAAGUUCAUGCCGAUAAUAACGAUCUCUUGAAUUGGUUCAGAUUUAACAAAUACUCUCUGCGUUUCUCGAGGGAAACGCUGGCCUACCUCAAAUACCACUUGACCAAGAACAAUUUACACGACAUCAUCAAUAAGAUGGAUACCUUCUUGGACAUUGAAAUUGCCGAUGAACCACCCCGCAGUGCGAAACAAAUCAAAAGAGUCAUUGGCGCAUUGGAAGGCGAAUCCAGGAGACACGUUAACAAGACCAAGAUAUAUUGCGGCUUGCUAAAAGAAUCCGACGUCGUCGUUUCCCUCGGACCUCCUGGUCAAAAUAACGAAGAGGAAGAUAGCUCCGCGGUCAAUGCGCUCAAUUCCGGCGAUUUUAAGAAAAAGAAAACGAAAAAGGAAAGUUUUUUGUUGAAAAAAAGCAAAACCGAUCCACUAGGUCCUCCUUUUAACCGGAUACCCUUGCCAGAAUUGAAAGAAUCCGAUAAAAUGCUGAAGAUAUUGAUGGCACAAGAAUCUCUCAAAAGGUUCAAAAUUACCCCGACAACUCUGCCCUCAGUAUGCUGUUACACCAUUUUGAACGCCAAAUAUAGUGUGACGAGCGCCGUGAUAAGCGAAGAUUCUUCGAUUUUGGCCAUAGGUUACGGGGACGGGAAUAUCAAGGUGUAUUCUUUGACUCCUCAAAAGCUCAAAACCAUGAAACAACCGAGCGAGCUUGGGAAAUUGGACGCUAGCGAUGACGAUGUUUUACACAAAAUCAUGGACGAGAAAAAUGUGAGCGAUAUCAAGUUACUGACGGGGCACACUGAAGCUAUCACCGCCUUGAGCAUAAGUCACGAUAAAUUAUACAUUUUGUCAUCUUCGCAAGAUGGAACAAUUAAGCUCUGGAGUCUCUUGGUUUACAAGGACAUUAUAUGCUACAAAGGGCACAUGCUUCCGGUGUGGGAUGUCAAAUUCGGCCCUUACGGUCAUUAUUUCGCGUCUUGCGGUGCGGACAAAAGUAUCCGACUUUGGGCCAUGGAUCAACAUCAACCGCUCAGAAUAUUCGUGGGUCAUCAUUCCGAUAUCGAUGUGUUAGCCUUUCACCCAAACUCAAAUUAUCUAGCUUCUGGAUCGACUGACAGAACGGUUAGGAUGUGGGACAUCUUGACUGGCCAUUGUGUUAGAAUGUUUUCAGGACACAAAACGCCUAUAACAGCCCUGGUAUAUUCUACAAAUGGGAGGCAUUUGAUAUCAGCAAGUUCCGACGGUCAAAUAUUGGUGUGGGAUUUGAUUCAAGGUCAUCUGAUUAUCCAAUUAAAUCACCAUACUGCCCCGGUUUACACCUUGAAUUUCGAUAAGGAUGGGGUCUGCUUGACAUCCGGCGGGUCCGAUUGCGAUUUAGCCUUUUGGGAUUACAAGGGAUUGUCGGAAUGCGAAGAGAGUUCUUCCCUAUACGCGCCGUCCGGUGACGAAAAUUUAUCGAAUACGGUAUCCGGGGAAAAUACCAACAAACCCGAAAUAACGACCGAUAAAUAUUCAGAUAAUCUCACCACCCACAAAAAAGGUCAAUAUUCAACAAACCCUAAUACUCUUAGCCGAGAUUCGGGAAAUAGGGAAAACAAUGGCGACCGUUAUUUGAUGAAAUAUUUUAGAACAAAAAAUUCUGCCAUUUUGCACAUCCAUUAUACUUGGAGAAAUUUAGUCCUUAUUGUGGCAGAAUAUUGCGCGAUUAAAUAAUUCUAGACAUUUUUUAAAAAAAAAUAAUAUUUAACGAAUUAAUUUAUAAAUU